ACGAGGCCCUUUUUGGGCUGCUUCAGAGACAGCGUGAGCAGCUGGUGUCACCCAGGGAGCUGCUGGUCCCUGGCCUGCUGGAGACCCCUCCUUGCUACCUACAGGCACUGGGAUGCUGAGCUGGAUCGAACGGGUGGUUCCCCAACCCCCCAUGCCACAUCUGACAGAGGAGACACCCCUGGCCUCUGGACAGAACCAACAGCUGGCUAAGGCACCAAUGGGACAGGCCCGUGGCCCCGGGGAUGCUGCUGGCAGCAAACAGACCGUGGAAGUGGAAAAGAAAGUGGGAUUUGUGAUCCCCGAGGACCCAGGCUCUGUGUUUGAGAGUGUGGGGAGCAGUGUUCUGUCCUGGCUCUCCCAAGGGCUGGAGAAGGUGAUGCCUCAGGCUGUCCCAGCCCUGGCCCCAGCCCCAGAGAUGCUGCAGUCACUUGGAAGGAGUUUCGAGUCAGGCACAGAUGUUUCUGAUCAGACAGAGGUCCAGGUGGUUGAGGAAGAGGAAGAGGAUGUUCUGGAAAUAACCCCCUUCGACCAGGAGGAUGAACUGGAUGACUGUGAGCAUGAGGCAGUCUCAAACAUGGGCAAAGAAAAGUGGGGAGGAACAUGGGUGCUUGGCUGGAUGGUGCAGGGCUUCGAGAGGAUGCUGCCACAGCCAGAGGUGUUGAAAAAUCCACAGCCAGAGCCAGAGGAGGAGAACUGUGAAGCCACAUUGGGAGGCACAAAAGUGUUUAAAACCCAGGAAAAGGCAAAAAACAGCACUUCAGCUGACCAGAGCAUCUCGGGAACAGUGAACCCAGCAGCAGCCGAGGAGCCACCGGAGCCAGUGGCUGCUGUCACUCCUCGGUCCCUGGCUGUGGACGGCAGCAGGAUGUUUGCCUGGUUGAUUCAGGGGCUGGAAAAGGUGAUGCCACAGCCAGUGACCAAGGAGAAACAGGAUGCACAGGGAGCGGCUGCAGCAGCAUCAAGUCCCAUGGGACAAAUUCGUGUUGUCCCUGGGGAGCCCAAGGAGACCACCCUCAUCCUGGAAGAGAUCCAUGACUGGGCUAAUGAAGCCACAUGCAAGGUGGUGGCCUGGGGACAUAUGGCUGACCUGGUGGCAGAUGCUCAUCCCCUUCCCCCCAUAAAAGAGGAGCCUCAGGAAGAAGAAGAAAACAGAGCCCUGCUAGGCAAGGAGGAGGAGAAAGGGGAGGAGGAGAAAAGGGAGGAGGAGGAAAAGGUGGAGGAGUCUGGGGAGAGGCCUUACCUCAUCACUGAGGCUGGGGAUGAGGCCCACUUUGCAGAGGAGGCUCCCAGGUUUGAGCAGCUGGAAGAAGAUAAGAUAAGUGACUUUGAAGGUGCUUUUUUCCAGGCACCUAGCAGCAUGGCCAAGCAAACCCGAGACGCGGAGGCAGAGCGGCUGGUGAAGGAGGAGCUGAUGGAUGGAGGGGCCACCUUCCCUACGGGCCAUGGCACAUCCCAGCACCUCCCCAGGCUCUCCAGCUGCCAAGUCACUGCUGCCUCCUGCAUGCCUGUCCCUCUCACCAGCCAGACAAACCCGGGAGUUUCCAACCCUAGUUUUUGCACAGAGGAGCAAUCUCCCCUAGGUCAUUACCUCACCAAGGACGUCAAGGCUGAGGAGAGCAGUGGUGAUGCUGUGGAGAUUGACAGUGCCCACUUACCCGUGCCCAGCGCUGGUGCUCCCUCCAGAUGGGUGGUGCCUGGCUCAGUGCCAGCAUCCCCCAGGAGGAAACUGCUGGCCCCAGUGGAUGGUCUGGAGGAAGGAACAGGCAGCCAGGACCAACCCCAAGAGCUCCUGUCAGAGCGCAUUGGGUCAGCCACGAGCCUGAGCAGCAACAUCAUAAACACCCGGCUGCAGGAGCUGGUGAAGCUUUUCAGAGAGAGGACUGAGAAGGUGAAGGAGAAGCUGACUGACCCUGAUGUCACCUCGGACGAUGAGAGCCCCGCAGCAUCCCCUGCCAAGCCCGUGCCGGCAGCAGCACCAGUGCCACCCCCAGGAGGGGAGCUGGAGGGCCACAAGUUGUCAGAGGAUGAGCACUGCUGUGAGAUGCUGUGCUGCACGUUCAAGUACCAGCCCUGGCUGGACCGGCUGAAGAACUACGAGUUCCCCAGCAGCAUUGACCCCCUCACCAACCUGAUGUACGUGCUGUGGCUCUUCUUCGUUGUCCUGGCCUGGAACUGGAACUGCUGGUUGAUUCCUGUUCGCUGGGCUUUCCCCUACCAGACACCAACAAACAUCCACUUCUGGCUGCUCAUGGACUACAUCUGUGACCUCAUCUACCUGCUGGACAUCCUCAUCUUUCAGACCCGGCUGCAGUUUGUCCAGGGGGGAGACAUAAUAUCUGAUAAAAAGGCCAUGAAAGAGCACUACCUGCAGUCACAGCGCUUUAAGAUGGAUGUGCUCUGCCUACUGCCCCUGGAUUUCUUCUACUUCAAAGUGGGUGUCAACCCCCUCCUGCGCUUUCCUCGCUGUCUGAAGUACAUGGCCUUCUUCGAGUUCAACAGCCGCCUGGAGGCCAUCCUGAGCAGGGCCUAUGUCUACAGAGUGAUUCGGACCACUGCCUACUUGCUGUACAGCUUGCAUGUGAACUCCUGCCUCUAUUACUGGGCAUCAGCUUACGAAGGACUAGGGUCUACUGCCUGGGUCUACGAUGGGGAAGGAAACAGCUACAUUCGCUGCUACUACUGGGCAGUCAAGACCCUCAUCACCAUUGGGGGCCUGCCAGACCCCAAGACCCUGUUUGAGAUCAUCUUCCAGCUGCUGAACUACUUCACGGGUGUCUUUGCUUUCUCUGUCAUGAUAGGGCAGAUGAGAGAUGUGGUUGGUGCUGCUACAGCAGGGCAAACCUACUACCGGAGCUGCAUGGACAGUACCAUUAAAUACAUGAACUUCUACAAAAUCCCCAAAACUGUUCAGAACCGGGUGAAAAUGUGGUAUGAGUACACAUGGCAUUCUCAAGGCAUGCUAGAUGAGUCAGAGCUGCUGGUGCAGCUGCCAGACAAAAUGAGGCUGGACAUUGCCAUUGAAGUGAACUACAACAUCGUGAGCAAAGUGGCCCUCUUCCAGGGCUGUGACAGGCAGAUGAUCUUUGACAUGCUGAAGCGUCUGAAAUCAGUGGUCUACCUGCCAAAUGACUAUGUGUGUAAGAAGGGAGAAAUUGGCCGUGAGAUGUACAUCAUCCAGGCAGGACAAGUGCAGGUGCUCGGGGGACCCGAUGGCAAAACCGUGCUGGUGACUCUGAAACCUGGAUCCGUGUUUGGAGAAAUAAGCUUGCUGGCAGCAGGAGGAGGAAAUCGCCGAACAGCCAACGUCGUUGCCCAGGGCUUUGCCAACCUUUUCAUUUUAGAUAAGAAGGACCUGAACGAGAUUUUGGUGCAUUAUCCUGAGUCUCAGAACCUGCUGCGUAAAAAAGCCAAGAAAAUGCUGAAAACCACCAAUAAACCCAAGGAGGAGAAGGCAGCACCUGGAGACACGCUGAUCAUUCCCCUGAAAGCUGACACCCCAAAACUCUUCCAGGCUGCCCUGGCUGUCACAGGGAGGGUGGGGGGCAGAGGUCCCCUGUCCCAGCUCCACUGGAGGCUGAAGGAGCUGAAGACCACACAGGCAAUGCAGGAUUCCAGCUUCAGUCCAAUUCUACCACAAUCACCAGUGCACCCACGACUGCCCAUCACCUCCCACAAAGCAUACACCCCCCUGGGAGAAGAAAUGUUCUCAGAAUCUUCAGAUAGUUUAAUCACCAUUCAUGUGAUUCCUACAGCACGAGAGGAUGAUGAAAUCCUUGCUGCUGAGAUUUCAGAGAAAGAAGAAGAAAAAGAACAGAAAUGA